AACCAUUGUCGGCACUGGAAAUUUGUUCCCCGGGGGUGGCGGUUACUCUUUUCUGCAAAAUUCGAGUCUGAAUCCACUCCAACUCCUGGGCUAUAGUUGGAACGGUGCAGGCGAUGGAUAUGUUGAGUUUGUGGCAGCAGAUUGUGGCUGUGCAUACGAGUGCCGUGUGCAUGAAGCAGAGGAUCGGUUUGAAUGCACGUGUCCAGAGUUCUCGAGAUUGGCACCAGACUUAAGUGACUGCUAUCACUCUGUAAGUCGAAGUGUACGACACAGCAAAUUGCUAGUCGACCCAAUCACAGGGUUGACGCUGACUCUAGUCGACUUUGGGAGUGCAGUAAAUCUCUACAGCAUGACUGCAGCGCUCACGUCACAACUCGAGGAAGAAGGAGAAAGUGGCAGUGGCCAUGAGAAUGAUCUAGAAGGAGCAGAGCGUUCGGAUCAGAAGAGUGCCAGCAGUGAUGUGUUUUGUGCUCUGGUCUUCAUUGGGGAGAACGAAGACUUGGUUCUAGUGUCCAACAUUGCCAUGAGUGGCCAAAACACGUUGACAAAGCUCUCCAGAAUUGACGUAGAUUUCAACGAGGGUUCACUAACGAUAGGAGACUCGACGGAUUUCCUCCAAUCAGCUAUUGGAGUGACUGGAGCGCUAUUGGUUGGUCUGGGAGACUGUUUCAUCAUGGGAGAGCUAGUAUUGAACACAGUAUACUGGGAAUCCAAGCAGGUUCUGGUGUGGAGGUGGAUGGCUCUGGUCACACCAAACUGGAAGACGAGAUACUAACCAACCGUAACAGGACAACCUCGCUACUGCUGAGAGUGCUACAGAUUAAUGACACAGCCCCUACCAUUAUCGAUGACACUUCUUCCCCCGGAGCAGAGCUCACGGCAUGGCAGAUUGUGCUAGUGGGUGUGGCAGCAGCACUGAUUUUUCUAGCCCUACUCACAGUUGCCUUGCUCUGCAUUGCCUGCUACAAGCGUAAAACAAGAAAGGAAACGAAGGCAAUGAAAAUGAAGAGAGUUCCAGAGUUGCGGCGAAGUAGCCUCGCGUCUUCUCUGGUUUCCAACGCCGUGUACGUCUCCCAUCGAGACUCCAUCUUCCCUGAGUUCCCUUACAACAAGAUCAACACUCAAACACCCUCCCCAAUGGAAAUGAGAGAGAGGUAUUCGUUUUCGCCUGGUAGAAAUCCAAACAGUUUUACUCGACAGCACUCGGGGUGUGGUAGAGUUCUGUGGGAGGAAGGCACCGUCGUGCCUCCGGAGCACAACUUCUCUGCCUUCAAUCGAGGACGCUCAAAGAGCACACUACGGACGUCCGAGUGGCAGUACCCGAGGAGUCAGCUAAUAUACAUGAGGGAACUGGGGGAGGGUCAGUUUGGAAAAGUUCUACUAAUGAAAGCACAGAGAGGAAUUGCUGGUUUCAAGAGAGAUCUGCCGGUGGCAGUGAAGACCCUGACCUCCAGAGACCCCCAGAAGGUGGCCAAGUUCAUGGAGGAGGCUGAGCUGAUGAAGAAGUUUUCCCACCCAAACAUUGUCUCCCUCCUUGGUGUUAGCACAGACGAUGUGUUGGAUGAUGACAAUGCCCCUCUAAUGAUCCUCGAGUACAUGCCGUACGGCGACCUUCACGCCUUCUUGGAAAACAACAGGCCAGGAUCCGAGACUCUAUCAGUGAGUUUAGGAGAUGCUCACUUUGUCAGCUUUGCCACUGAUGUAGCUGAAGCACUGAAGUUCAUAGGAGAGGAAAGAUUCGUUCACAGAGAUAUUGCAGCAAGAAACUGCCUGGUUGGAGCUGGGCUUAGGAUAAAGAUGGCCGAUUUUGGCCUGGCCCAGAGACUCAAUCAGAACAACUACUACCUUGAUGGGGAAGGAGGUGUUCUACCUAUUCGCACCAUGGCCCCGGAGAUAUUCCUCACUGGACAGUUUACCAUCUCAUCCGAUGUCUGGUCAUAUGGAGUACUACUGUGGGAGAUGGUCAGCUAUGGAGCUCUCCCACUACCAGGAAUGACCUCCAGGGAUAUAGCUGAGGCUGCACAGACAAGAACACUUCACCAUACAACUCCACCAGAUUGUCCUCCAGUCCUGGGCUCCCUGAUGGCCCAGUGUACCAAUCACUACCCAAACCUCAGGCCUUUGUUUACCGACAUCCUAACACAACUGACUCAACACGACCCCUGAUGACGAUGAUGACUUUGUCACGAACUUUGGUUUUAUUUUUUUUACCCAAUGAGUUGUGAAGCAGCGAGAGCUGCAGAAAGUUAUUACGUGUCAUUGAGUCAUUGGCUCUGAGAAUCAAACCAUAAG